AUGUUGCGCCCUGUGCAGAACACUCGUUGGCUGAAGACAAAUGCUGGACGUUGUCUCGGGCUGGUGUUCGCGCCGCUGGUGUGCCGCAAGUGCGGCAAGCGGCGCGCGGAGCGGCGCGAGAUCAUCGCCGAGAUCGUGGAGACGGAGGAGAAGUACGCGCGCGACCUGCGCAUCGUGCUGGACGAGUUCCGCCGGCCCAUGGCCGUGGCCGGGCUGCUCUCGGCCGAGCAGCUGGCCGGCAUCUUCCUCAACGCCGAGGAGCUGCUGGAGAACGCGCGCGCGCUCGCCGAGCGCCUGCGCGACUCGCUCGACAUCGCGCUCGACCAGGGCGACGAGGACCUGCUCACCGUGGACGUCGGCCGGCUCUUCGUCGACGCCGCGCCCAUGCUGCACGCCUUCGAGGCCUACUGCACACGACAGGUGCCCGUGCAACGCGUCACCAAGUACCCGCUGCUGCUGGCUCGCCUGUACAAAGUGACGCCGGCCCACCUGCCAGGCCGGGAGCUGCUGCGGCAGGCGCAACACAAGAUCGAGCUGCACCUGGAGCACAUGAACUCGGAGGCGAAGGACGUGACCACGACCAAGCUGUGGCGGCGAAUAUCCAUCAUCAACCUGCGACGCCACAGCGGCGAGACGGACAUGCUGGUCAUCAAGCUGCGCAAGAUGGCGCUCGACGUUCUGGACUGGAGCCACGACGAGGUGCACUUCUCGAUGGAGGGCAAGCUUUUCUACACCAACCCCACGGACAACAACUGGCGCCGCAGCCGCACCGUCAAACUCAACCCGGUCAACGCGCUGCUCAUCAGCAAGGGCAAGCCGCUGGAGGAGCUGGCGGCGGAGCCGCCCGAGGAGCCGCUGAUGUUCGCACGACGCGGCGGCGCGCGCGAGGCCUCGCUGCUGCUAGUCAAGGAGAAGGGCGGCCGCUACUCACUGCUCAGGGACCCAUUGGCCCUGGACAAGUGCAUUGUUUGCUGCGAUUUUGCCGAAGGCGAUGAGUUCUUUGAACUGCAAGAACUUACAUCCAAAGAAACUUACAUAUUCAAGGGCGAGGACAGCGAGCGGACGCGCGCGUGGUAUCGCAUGCUACAGUUCCAGUCGCAAGGGCUGGGCGCAUGGCGACGCCGCCGCAACGCCCUCGCCAACAUCAUGAUCAACGGCAUGCAGACGCGCAGCUAGCGCCCCUGGCGGCAGCGGCCCGCAGCCGCCCGCGCCCACCUCGCCCUCGCCCACGCCCUCCGCGCCUGAAGGUGCCCACUGGCUCACGACCACUGCUCUCCGACUCGGGGGAGGAGGAGGAAGUACUCGCACGACUUUUCGGGUAUCUGAUAUCGAUCGCGUUUGCCUUGAAUCCCUUCACACAUGGUUGGUUUAGCAACUGUGAUAAGACGGUUAUUGCUGACUCAGAAUGUUUGCAGAACGGGAACAGAGUGAGUUACAAUGAAAUUGAUUUGACCGUUGGUGACUGAACCAAAGUCAAAUACCUUAUGGGUAUUUUAGGGGAUGCUCUUUCUUCGGAAAGCUCUUUGCUUGAAAAGAAGCUCUUCCAUUCUCUGUGUUGCUAGGAUGUUGUUGAAUGCUUCUUUAUCACAUACUACUGUACCAAAGGUGGGGAAAUAUGAUCUGGAGACUCUUUUUGAUGAGCGCCUUUCCUUGACUCUAUGGAGGGUUGAAUUGACUCAUGUUUGCGGAGUGCUGACUGAAAGAUAGUCGUGAGAUGACGAAGAGACUGUGGAACCAAAUCAAAGCACGUCAGGCAGGUGUGUCAGAACUGCAGAACGAAUAUCUUAUGUAUAGUGCGUGUAAAAAAGGUCGUCUAUGGUAUAUAUUAAGAAAUAAGACAAUAAGUUUUGUGUAUUUAUAAUUGUAAAUAGAUGUAAGAGAAGAACCUGAUUACUAUGUUCCAUUUUCGUGUGGUUUGAAAAUAAACGUGGAAACAA